GACUCUGUUCCUCCUCCUACUUUAUGCAGAAAUUGAGGAGAUGUCUUCAGAAGGGACCAUGAGUAUAAUGGGAAGUGAGGUGAUGCCCCUAGAGUACGGUGGCAUGGAUUCGGAGAGUAGUCCGUCUCCAUCUAGUUCGGAGAGGACAGUAGAGGAAAGGAGAGAGCAGGAGGGAGUGGAGGAAGAGGAAGAGGAAAUUCCCUCAAGUAUUAUGGAGGUUGGGGGUAAUGUGGGUGGGUGUUAUGACCCGGAGUUAGACAUAGUGUUCAAGGUGAGGGGGUAUGUGAGUGAAUUGGGUAGUAGGAGUAGCCUUAGGGGUCUGGUAAAGAACUGUAACCUUCCUCACCAUAUUUUAAUUAAGCCUGCCGGGGUGAAUGAGAGAGCGUGCUCAGCACCCCAAGAUCAUUGGAUGCCCAUGUAUGUCCAUUACUUGGCUGCAGAACUUAGGUUUCCCAUUCCAGAGUUACUAGUUGGGCUAUUAUUAGAGUAUGGUAUAAGAAUAACCCAACUAACCCCAAAUGCUAUAGGAGCUGGGGGUAAGGGUGAGAAGGGGUGGUACUACUUCGCCCCUCGAUUGUCCAGCAAAGAGAAUAGGAGUUUAUUCACUGCUGGACCGUCAUCCAUUAAGGGAUGGAAAGAAAAAUUCUUUUUUGUGGAUGACACCAAGUGGAUAGAGGAGGUUGAGAAGCUGGUGAGGGAAGAAGGGGAUUUAGUGGAUAUCAUGUACCUCACCAGCGCGGAGGCAAUAAAGGCUGCCAAGCUCUAUGAGCCAAGCUCAUUGAGCGAAGAUGGACGGUUUUAUAAAUGCUGCUGGAGGGUUGGCUAUCCCCAAGAAGCCAAGGAAGAAGUCGAAGACUUCAAAUGUGGCAGACAAGGGGGCAGCAGAGAAAGAACGCCUGUCCAGCACUUCUGCUCGAGCACUGGAGAUGCAGUAGAGGCCAGAGCCUACGGGGAGGAGCACUUAUUCGAUGCUAGCAACAUCACUGGAGUGAAGCGGUUCUUGAAUGCCACACUUUCGGAGGUGGAUAGGAGGCAAGCGAGGGAUGAGGCAAUGAGCCAACUAGGGGCUCGCGUUGUGAGGCACUCCCUGGAGAGUGCAAGCUGGGUAAACGCUUUAGCGCACGAGUAUGCGGAGAGUGUGAGGGAUUGUGCCAGCUUGCAGAGGCAAUGUGAGGAGCUGCAGAAGGAGAAGGAGGAGCUGCAAAAGAAGAACAAGGAUAUGCAGAGGAAGCUGGAUGAGGUUGUGCUAACAGUGACCAAGCUCCAGAGCGAUAUGGACACCUUGAGCACAAAACUUGUCUUCGAAGAGCGUAAAAGGAAGAUCUGUGAAGACAAGCUUGAUGCUCAAGACAAGUAUAUCGAGAAGAUGAACCAAGGGAUGGUGGAGCUGAAAAAGAACGUGAAUCUGCUGGUUCACAACGGGAUGGAAGAACAUGUUGGCAACUUCCUCAACUCCAGCACUUUUGAGAACAUUGUCAACCUCUACCAGCUGUCGAUGGUGAUUCUAGCGUUCACUGACUGUAGAAAGAAGGUGAAGGCUCAGUAUUCCGAAGUGGACGUCACGACGGUCACCUUUGGCAAACAAGAAGAAGGAGUGGAGGAAGAUGGUGAAAGCCUCUCUGCUGACUUCCGGCCUCUGAUCAAGUUGAGGUGGGAGCGUGAUGCAGAAGGGCGCACGAUCUUUCCUCCAGCCUUUGAGGCUGAGUUGGUGGCCCUAGCUCCUUCGGAAGCAGAAGUGCCACCUCUACCUGCUGAGGAUGAGCCACCUCCACCACCUCUUCCUAUUGAGGAGCGACCUCCUUCCUCAGCAGAUUAGCUUAGCAUUUUAUAUUUUUUAGCUAUAUUUGUAAAGAACAUUUUUGUAAUUGGUAUCUUAUUAAUUUAUAAAAUUUUUGAAGUUAUUAUUGGUGUUCAUUUUUGGUUUCUGAUUGUUGUUUUAUUUUGAGUAAAUUACUUCGGAUAAAAUAAAAUAACUUUAAUUAA